AUGGGGAUAUCUGGUCUCUUAACCGCUAUACGGAGAGCACAAUGGAUUAAAAUCACGCAGCUACGCGGAAGUUCCUUCGUUAUCGACGGACACUGCUUUCUACAUGCGGCAGCAAUAUUAGACCCAAAGGCGUUAGUUCUGAAAAAUAACAUUAGCGGAGUUAUAGAUGUGAUGGUUCAGCUUGUAGGAUCCAUCUUGCCAUCUGCAACGUUCGUUACCCUUGUGUUUGAUGGAGGUUCCCUCCCCAGUAAGACCUUCACUAACUCUCGGAGAAAGCAGGCCAGAGACGCGAGUCUUGCACUUGCAGAGGCCUAUUCCUCAGCAGGUGACUCAGAAGAGGCUGAAAACGCCCUCAAAAAAGCAAUUUCAUUUAGUAAUCUGCAGGUGUCACGAAUCGCCAAUGGUGUCUUCAAACGGCUCGAGAAGCACGACAACUUUGCAGUGCUGAUCGCUCCUUAUGAGGCAGACGCUCAAGUGGCCUACUUGCAGAAACUUGGCAUGGGGGACGUCAUUGUCACUAACGACUCAGACAUUUUGCUUUAUGGUCCUAGGAAGGCAUUGUACAAGUACAACUGGCGCACAGGUACAGGUUUCCUGUCUACCAUAGACGAUCUUUAUCUAAACGGCUUUGAAUCCCUUAAUACACCUAAGGUCUCUUCACGGGUUGCUGCUUUGGUCGACAACACGGAGCCAAAUAGAAUUGCUACUGGCACUGUUCUCGCCAGGCAUCUACGCUUUCAGCAGGCCUGUAUUCUCAGUGGAUGUGAUUAUACCCCAAGUCUGGUGGGAGUAGGCUUGAUAACGAGCGUGAAUACUGUGGGAAAAACGGAUGGGAUAGUGUCAGCGGCGCAGAUCUUGCGCUAUGGCCACCACAAAAAGCUUCCAGGAGAUGUGGAGUCCUUUGAUGAGUACGUUCACUUAAUUCUACAAGCGUACUUGACAUUUAGGUACCAUCAUGUCUUCGAUCCUCUCUCCUUCGAGGUGGUUCCGUUUCACCCUUUCAAUGAGGAAGAUGGGCAACUCAUCAAGUUUCUCAAUCAAUGGUGUUACGGCGCGCCGUUUACCCCCUUUGAAGCGUGUCUAGCGUGUACCGGCAUCCUUCAUCCGUUGCCCUUUACAAGAUCAAUAGAUAAUAGCUCUCCAGAAUGUCCGCCAUCCACGUCGCGCAAGCCACGCUCUGAUCGCUCUAAUCUUCCAGUUCCCCUUGCACUACAAUACCAAACACUAAAAGAGGCCCAAAACGACCUGAGGAAGCGGUCCACAGACGAUAGCACAUCCCCAAGUAAUGCAGCAGACCUCUGCACUGUACUGUAUAGACAUCAGCUUGACUACUUUGACGAAGGGUAUAUAGACAGGUGCUUUCGAUCUCUUCAGCGGUUGCACUAUGCUGCUGCACGAUCGGCGCUGAGAAAGCCAGUGUCAGACAUGUCUUUCCCGUGUAGCACCACUGUUUCUCUAGCCUCUGCUGACGGACUACAGCUACUCAAUGGAUCUGUCCAAAGUUCAUCUAAUUUAUAUACGGAUCCCAUAAAUAUAUUAUCCUUCCGAAAGGCCUUUUCAAAUCCUUCAUCUGACCAGCAAGCAACGCAUGAUCCUCAUGCGAAAAUGAUCACCGCUUUUAAGUAUGACGCAUUUACAUCUGAAACAAUUACACACAACACUGUAGUAUCUCACACUGCAAGGGAUAAGCUUGCAGCGGUUGUUGAUGAGUGCUUCCAAACUACUCAGCUACAUAAUCAUAGUGCUCUUAGCAACGAGUUAUUCACGGCAUGUUCAGUAUCACCGAAAAAAGAUCCUAGCUCGGGCCGGAAACCAGACAAUAUAUUUUCUUUACUAGAAACGUCAGAACGAGAGACCAGAAACUGCCCUACUAUUUCAUCCAAAGCCUCAACCGAGAUUCUAUCGUCCCCUCUAGCGUACUCAUGCCCUGGGUCUUUUCACAAUGAUGUCAACGGCCUUAUUCUGGAAUCGUCUGGAUCGACCAAUCCGGAGUCCGUUAAACCUUGUGAGAACGGCCUCCCUCCCCCACUUCAAUCCGAUGAUAAUAGCUCAUGUGGCCCUCGUUUACACAAGCAGGGCGGAUUCUUCUCUGCUGACCUACAUGUUUUUGACGAAUGA